ACUGGCAGGUCGUGACUAAGAAGAAAGAGCUGCGGAAUCACUCCACGUUCUCCCGCAAGACGAGGCUGUUGUAGGGGAUUGUAGAAGCUUCACAAACCUUCCUGCAUCACACUUGGACGUCCCAGGAGUGAAGGAUCAGCCGGAAUUCCUGUAGGAGGCGAGGAUAACGCAUCAAGCAGCAGGAUGCAGGGUAUGCUGAAGGUAGCGGUGUUGGCGGUGUUGGUGGCAGCCGUGGCAACGCUGGAGUUGGUGCCCACAAGGGUGCAGCAACCCCCCCAGCGGACACAGGCCCCAGCAGAGGUGGUGCGAGCCCAGUAUGCCCAAACCCUUUACAAGGCCACGGACUACUCGACCUUGAUGAACACAGUGGUGCCACUGUGGCCGACGCACUCCACCGAGUUCCAGGAGAUGGCCACCACCACUAUCAUGAACCAGACCAUCUCCACCUCCGCCGUAGAAUUUUCGACAGUGCUCAACACGACGGUGCUCUUCUACAGUGACGCGGUAGCCACCAACACCUGGGAGGGCGCCACCACCGCCUACCAGACCAUGGACUUCCAGCACCAGAGUGUGUUGUACACUGACCGUGACAACAAGACUCACACCACGGUGGAGGACAACAAACUCCCCCUAGUCUAAUUUAUAUGUGAUUGUUAAUAUGUUGAUGGACUUUUACUCAAAUGCAUACUCCCCCAAAAAAGUCAAAAGUGAACAGAAUUUUAUGACAUACAAUUUGCCAUGAAUUACUUUUAUUGGACAUUACAAUUUUGGCUCAGUCUUAUAAGAAAAUUUUAAUAAAUAUAAACACACACACACACACACACACACACACACACACACACACACACACACACACACACACACACACACACACACACACACAUUGUGGUACAGUAGACAGCAUCAUAGCCUUGCCAACCUGGCAGGGUGAGCUUCACACCUUGCAUGGGCAGAAAGGUUUUUCUCUCCUGACAAGGAACAGUUAUUGUCACCCCUUAAGCAAGGGGGAUGUGGAUGUGUGAGAACCCAGCUGUGUUCAUAGAUUGGCUGUUGAGGUCCAAGGCUCUAACUGGGAGUAUACUGGGUGGUGAUCACAUGAUCAGACUGUGGGUGAAUUUCACAGAUUGCUACUUAUUGGGAGUCCCUCUCUAUUCUGUGAGGUGAAGUUACCACCCAAUGCUACUUCAGAAUCUCCCAUGCUAAUGAUUACUUAAUGAAUGAAACUCAGUGAUGUGUUCUUAUUUAUGGACUUUACUGUAAUGACCAGGUAGGGUUUUCAAAGGACUAGUAUAUACUCAUGUAAAGGUCCAUCACAUGGACAAGUUGACUCACCCCUUAUCCAAUUUCCUAAACUUGCCCUUAGUGCUAAAAUUGACCUUUAUAUGAGUAUUUAGCAGCUCCUUCUGAUAUGCUUAUUUUGGAAAGGUAGGAUGCAGAUUGGUAAGUGUACCCCCUAUUGGCUUUAGUGCUUUUAUAGUACUUUUUUUUAUUGGGAAGGGACUGGGUAUUAGGGUGAACUAUUUAUACUUUUAGAGUAAGUGUGAUACUAGUGGUUUGGGGAGUAGGUGUCCAGCCUGUAUGUUUGUCUGUGAUUUUGUAAUUAAAGAGCUUUGCUAUGA